CCUCACUCACUCUCUCUUCUUGCUCUUACUCUUGUCCUCGCUCUACUUUUUCUUUGUCUCUCUCUUUCCUCUCUUUCUUUUUUUCUCUUUUUAAUAUUUGCCACUAAAAGAACAACUCGUCUCUAGAGCAACAUUUUUCAACACGCAAAAAGAAAAAAAGUGCAAUGGCAGCCGCUAUUGACUCUGAUUACCACCAAGACGUCGACAUGGAGAUUUCCGCUCCCCCACCGUCUUACGGAACCCAGAUGCCAUCCAAACUUAAGGCUUUGUUCGGUCACGGGAUGAGCAACGACGCCGCCACUAAUAUUAGUACUAUGACGACGCCGACAACAAUAGGCCCUAACGACAUGCCAGCACCACCUUCCUUUACAGUUCCUAACGACUUCACAGAACCCAAAGUUGCUCAAAAAGGGUUCAAAAGCAAUUCAUGGUUUUCAGCCGCUUCGUUCCACCAAAACAACAAAACUGUGCGUCGAGCCAUUUCUGCACCUAAUGCCAAACUUUUGAACAUGACCAAGCAACAGCAACAGCAACAGCAGCAGCAUAAUAGUGGUAGUUUCCAUAGUUUGAAACUGCAGACCGCACCCAGUAUUGCGGAAAGCUCUACAACAACAAGCGCAAGUAGUAGUACCAGCAGCAGUGGUGCUUCGACCAUGUCAGUGCCUGCACUGCAACGACUACGUCCCUGCCGCCGUACGUAUUCGAGCAGCAGCAUUAAAGUGAAGAAGGUGGAAGUGGGGCCGUCUAGCUUCACAAAGAUCCGUAUGCUCGGCAAAGGUGAUGUCGGCAAAGUCUACAUGGUGCGACAAAAAGGGUCCGAUAAACUGUACGCGAUGAAAGUCCUUUGCAAGCGAGAAAUGGUCAAACGCAACAAGAUCAAACGGGCACUUGCGGAACAGGAGAUUUUGUCGACGGCGAACCAUCCGUUCAUUGUCACACUGUACCACUCUUUCCAAAGCCAAGACUACCUGUAUUUUGUGAUGGAGUAUUGUAUGGGUGGCGAAUUUUUCCGAGCAUUGCAAUUACGCCCUGGCAAGUGUCUGAGUGAAGAAGGUGCCAAGUUUUACGCAGCGGAGGUCACUGCUGCACUGGAGUAUCUUCAUCUUCAGGGCCAUAUUUACCGUGAUCUAAAGCCAGAAAAUAUUCUGCUUCACCAGAGCGGUCAUAUUAUGCUGACGGACUUUGAUCUGAGCAAAGGAUCGCAUCCUCCUGGAAAACCUUGCGUCGUGAAAUCCAGUUCGCCGUAUAUGCCACCAUCUAUUGAUACAAGAAGCUGUGUAAGCAAUCUGCGAACCAACAGUUUUGUCGGUACUGAAGAAUACAUUGCCCCUGAGGUUAUCAAGGGCUGCGGUCACACUAGCACGGUGGAUUGGUGGACGUUGGGUAUAUUGAUUUUUGAAAUGCUGUAUGGCACAACCCCUUUCAAAGGCAACAACCGCAACGAAACAUUUUCUCGCAUUCUACACUUUCACCCGAUGUUUGGAGAACAGCCAGCACCGUACAAGACGAAUCUGAGCAGCAAUUGCAAGAAUCUUAUUCAUAAAUUGCUGCAUAAGGACGAGCAUAAGCGGUUGGGAUCGCGAGCAGGUGCUUCGGACGUCAAGGCGCAUCCAUUCUUCAAAAACAUCAAUUUCGCACUGCUCCGUCACAGUGUGCCUCCCAUUGUGCCCCUUAUGCAGAAGCCGAACGGGAUUGAUGCGAUCAACUUUAGAAAGAUGCCUCCGGAAAGCAUGAGCUUGGACCUGGAGGCGGAUACCGUGAUGAUUACCUUCAGGGACGGCAACUCCUCCGCAAACAACCCUUUUGAUAAAUUUAAUUCGAUUACUGUGUACCAUGAUGGCGACUCAGACUCUGAAUUGGACGCCCCCAUUGCUUAAAGACAUAUCACACACGAACAUACAUCAUACACUCACCAACUUUUAUACGAAACGACGAACAAAAAGUAAUUUCCAUCCCACCAAAAGAAAAAGCCUCCUCCAGGUUUCUCUGAACCUUUCCACUCCUCCUUCUAUACCCUUAUCAUAAUCUCUUUUCAUAAUACUCUUUUGGCUUUCCCUGUGCUUCUGCGUUCUAAUUGCCUUAAUUCUGUGUUUGCUCUGAUCUCAACAAUACAACCCGCUUUUUUUUAUUACUUCUUUCUACUUAUUGCAUAGUUUCUUUUUUAAAUAGUAUUAUCAGUAGUCUUUAUCAUAUACACUGCCAUUCCCCCAACCCCACAAACCACAUAAUAAAACAAGUCCCUUAGUUUCCAUGGCUUUAUAUAAU